CACUCAUUUCCUUCUUCUUUCUUUAUGCUUUUCCCUUCAUUUUGCCUUCCACACUCAUCUUUCUCAUCUUUCUCUUCCUUUUAAUUACUUCCCCUCCUCAUUUCUCUUUAUUUCCACCAUUUUCUUUCAUUUCUUUCUUUUUCUCAUCUUCUCUUUUCUUCACUUUCCCUCUUGUUUCAUUCAUUCCCCUCAUCCUAUCUUCCAUUUUCUCACAUUCUCUUUUCCUCAUACAUUCCUUCCUUUUAUUUCGUAUACUUUAAUUCUUUCAUUCUCUAUCUUCCUUUAAUUUUAAUCUUAUUAGUUUAUUUCUUUUACAAUUUACAAGUUUGUUUCAAUUAAUAUUGAUAUCAAUUUUUUUGGCAAGAUUUUAUAAUAGAAAUUAAAGGCAUUUUAAGGAGGCAUCUCAAUUGGUACGGAUGGUAAUCAAGACGAUAGCAUAUCUACUACGUCAUGUGAUCCAUUACACACCCAAGGAGGUCCAGUCACACGAGCUAGAGUUAAGAAGAUGCGUGAAGCUUUAAAUGGUCUUAUUGAGCAGAUCUGGGUUGAAAACAACAUACAACAAGCAAAUCGAAGCUUGGAUGAUUAUCAAGGCAUGAUAAACAUCAUUCAGGUUCAAGAGAAGCUUAAUUGAGGUCAUUUAUGAUAAUUUGAUUAGAUUUGAAGAGACCGAGGAAGCUGUGUUGCGAAUGUCUCGUUUCCUAGCUCCUAAAUCAUCAACAUUUCAAUUCCCAUGAUGUUCAAACCUAGCUUGGCUUCUUGGUUCCCCAAUUUUGUAUUCUAGGGUUUGUUUUGGGUAUGAUCAGUUUUGGGGAUUUCAUUUCCUUGGAAGCUUCUUCAUCCUUUGGUUUUCAAUUUUCUUCAUGUAUUUCUUGUUUGUUACUAGGUUUAUUUCAUGUUCUUUUAUCUUCUUUGAAUUGAUUUGGUUAAUGGAAAAAAGAAAAAAGCAAUUGCGGGUUGAGCAAUUAGGGUUUGAAUGGAAGGGCUUUGUUCUCUUAGGGUUUGAAUGGGAAGAAAAGGGAGAAAUCCUA